AUGAAAAUUUUGGAUCAUAUUUUUGGGACGUUUCAACGUGCUUCUGCUAUCCGGGAUGUUGAUAGUUGUCAUGCUGCUGCAGAGCCUUCUCGAUCAACAUCUAUCGAUCAUGUGAGUGUGGAUGUUGGUAUUGAGUCAUCUGGAUAUAUGUUGAGUGAGGAGGAGUUUGUGGCUGAUAGUAAGGAGGGGGUGCUUCAUUUAGUGAACAAACAGCAUUUGGAUGUUAGAUUUGAGAAGAGUGACGUGGGGAAAGCGCCUCGUCUCUUGCAUUUUGGGCAUGUCAAGUCUCCAUUGGUCGGUGAUAGUGAAGUUAGGGAUUCAAGUGGGGUAGCAUUUGCCCCUGCUUGGUCUUUGAAGGGUGACUCGCGCCUUUCCUUGUUUGAGUCUGCAGUUGAUUUUGCCAAAAAUGCGUUUCCGCAUGAUACUCGAUCCGAAAUGGCUAAUAUUUCCCUUUCUGACCUUAUUGGGUCAUUUCGUUUUACUACAGCGCAGAGUGCGACCUUUUUUGCUGAGGUUGCUAACCGCCUCGAGCGGUUCCUGGCUGUGGAUGACGACCUCGCCCGUAUGGUUGGGGAAAUGCAGCUGCUCCACUUGGAGAAUGCGGUGUUGUAG